AUGCCUGAAAGGUUCCACGAGAACGAAACACUGCUUAUUCUCCUCGUUGCAAUGAUCGCUCCCGCAGUCGCUGUCUUCCUGAUGAGAGGUUGUGGUCACGAAGUCCUGAUCUGCUUCCUUCUCGGUCUCCUUUUUUUCUUUCCCGGACAGAUCUAUGCCUUUUGCCUUGUCGCCGAGCAUGCAAGGCAGUUGAAGCAGAAGACUGGCAAACCUAUUGUUGUUGUCGAAAAUCCUGCGCAGUUGGCCAAGUCCAACGUUGUCCAAGUCACAUCUUCUACACCUCCUGUUGUUCAGACCAUCGAGUACAAGCCUCCGUCAGCCGCACCUCCACCACCUACACCUGUCUCUUCAACACCAGCUGCACCUGCACCCGCGCCCCCACCUGCACCACCUACAGUCACCGAGCAAGUUGUUGUGGUUACAAAGUCACCAGACAAAGCACCAGAGAAAGCUCCGGAAGCACCACCUGUUGAUCCUGCACCGGCCGCUGCGAAGUGA